UCGGUCUUCUGCUUGGCUGCGAGUUUCAGUGUCUUACGUCAUCCGAUGAGCGACAAGGCUCCCAAAAGGAAGAGAGAAGACCGGCUUGUUGCUAUCUGUCUCUAAGACACCUUCCUGGGGAUGUUGUGGCUGUUUGUCGGACCUGAGGAGGGAAGGUCGGGCUGAGUCACCAGUGGUACAGAGAAACUCAAAGGAGGUCCUGGCACCCCGGACUGUGAGAGAAAGAAAUGAGUGGUGGAUUAGCACCAAGUAAAAGUACUGUGUAUGUAUCCAACUUGCCUUUUUCUCUGACAAACAAUGACUUAUACAGGAUAUUUUCCAAAUAUGGAAAAGUUGUAAAAGUUACUAUUAUGAAAGACAAAGAUACCAGGAAGAGUAAAGGUGUUGCAUUUAUUUUGUUUUUGGAUAAAGAAUCAGCACAAAACUGUUCAAGGGCACUAAACAAUAAGCAGUUAUUUGGAAGAGUAAUCAAAGCAAGCAUUGCUAUUGACAAUGGAAGAGCUGCUGAGUUCAUCCGAAGGCGCAACUAUUUUGAUAAAUCUCGGUGUUAUGAGUGUGGAGAAACAGGUCACCUAAGUUAUGCUUGUCCUAAAAAUGUGCUUGGAGAACGUGAACCACCAAAAAAGAAAGAAAAGAAAAAAAGAAAGAAAAUUAUUGAACUGGAAGAAGAAAUUGAAGAAGUGGAAGAAAGUGAAGAUGAAGGAGAAGACCCUGCUCUCGAUAGCCUCAGCCAAGCCAUAGCUUUCCAGCAAGCCAAAAUUGAAGAAGAUCAACAAAGAUGGAAACCCAGUGCAAGUGAACCCUCAACAUCAGAUGAUUCAAGACGCCCAAGGAUAAAGAAAAGUGCAUAUUUCAGUGAUGAGGAAGAACUUAGUGAUUGAAAUGGAUUUAUGUAUAUGUCAUUGAAAUAUAAAAAUUUUGAAGCACAGUUUAAUUGGUGUUAAAAUUACCAUUGGAACUUUGACUGUAAGGAAAUAUAUAACUAACCAGUUUUACAUCUUUAAAUUAGGAUUACAAAGUUUACUUUCAUAGGAAACCAGAAAAUAAUUUAUAAGUAUCAUGUUCCUAAUUUUAUUUUUAAUAGAAUAAUAAAAAUCCAUUUUUGUUUCUGAAACAGUUAUUUUUUAAAAAAAUAAUAAACCCUUACCUUCUGUCUUGGUUCCAAGGCAGAAGAAUGGUAAGGACAAGGCAACAUCGAUUAAUUGGCUUAUCCAGGGUCACACAGCUAGGCAGUGUCUGUGGUCAGAUCUGAUGCUAGGACCUCUUUAUCUCUAGGCCUGUCUCUCAAUCCACUGAGCCACCUAGCUGCCCCAUCCUAUUACCCUUCUAAAACCAUAUGUAAAUAUAACCUAAUCAGUUGCAUUCAGUAGAAACUUAUAUUGCUAAAUAUGGUGCCACUGCAGACAUGCAUUAAAAAACUGUAGUAUUAAGAAGCUACUAAAAAAGUUAGUUUUCUUCAUUCUUCACAUGUCAACUGAAGCACUUUUCAAAUCUUAUUUUCAAACAGAAGCUUCCUAAAAACUUAAGUCAGUAACUUAAUUAUAUUUAGAAAUGUUCUUUACUAGGAGCAGCUAGGUUGCUCAGUGGAUUGAAAGCCCUAGAGAUGGGAUGUCCUGAGUUCAAAUCUGCCCUCAGACAGACACUUCUUAGUUAUUGUGACCCUGGGCAAGUCACUUAAUUACCAUUGCCUUGCCCUUACUAUUCUUCUGUCUUGGAACCAAUACACAGUACUGUUUGUAAAAUGGAAGAUAAGAGUUAAAAAAUAUAUAUAUUCUUACUAAAGUUCUCAAAAGUUUUUUCUUUACAGAUGAAUGACAGAAUUGGGGGGGGGGGCAGGGAGAAGGGAGUGAAAGAAUUGACUAUGUAUUCUGUUUAUAUAACAUGCAUUUAAAACAUAAAUAAACUACAUAAAUAAA